AUGAUGGGAUCUGUGCGCGCUACGCACCUGGCAAAUAUGCGUUCAGCUUUUCUUCUUGCGACGCGCAGGAAUGUGCGCAUGACCGUUCCGACAGUGCAGCGCUGCUAUGCGGCGCUGCACACGAGCGCCUCUGUAUGGGAUGCAAAAACGGGUCUGUAUGAUUUUCACGUCAAGCAUGGUGCCAAGAUUGUGCCGUUUGGCGGGUAUUCCAUGCCUUUGACUUAUGAGGGUGUUGGACAGGUUGCGUCGCAUAAACAUGUGCGUGAACAUGCUGGUCUCUUUGACGUCGGUCACAUGGUGCAGCACAUGUUCACAGGUCCUACGGCGCUUGCGUUUUUGCAGCACAUCACUCCCGCGUCGUUGACUUCGCUCGAGCCUUUCUCUUCGACACUCUCCGUGCUCUUGUCGAAUGAAGGUGGCAUUCUCGAUGAUCUGAUCAUUACGAAGCACAGCGACACGAGCUUCUACGUCGUCACGAACGCUGGACGGCGCGCUGAGGACCUUGCAUGGAUCGCAAAACAGCUGAGUGCUUGGAAUGAUGCUCACAAGGGCGAAGGCGAUACGCAGCACCGUGUCAUGGAGGGCCAGGGUCUUGUGGCUCUACAAGGUCCGUCGUCGGCAGCUGUGCUGCAGCCGUUGCUGCCCCAGGGCUUUGACUUGGCGUCGCUCACGUUUGGAAAGAGCGCUAUGGUGCCUAUUUCUACCAUGAGUAACAAGAGUGCCCUGUGUCACGUCGCACGUGGUGGUUACACUGGUGAGGACGGCUUUGAAAUCUCGAUUCCUGCCGACGCCACUGUGGACGUUACCGAGACGAUCCUCGCGAACGAGGAGGUCCAGCUCGCUGGUCUCGCUGCGCGCGACAGCCUGCGUCUUGAGGCAGGUAUGUGUCUCUACGGCCACGAUCUCGAUGAAAGUGUAAGUCCCGUGGAAGGCGCUCUGGCUUGGACGGUCGGCAAGGAUCGGCGUGCAGCUGGUGACUUUUUGGGUGCAGAGCGUGUGCUGCAUGAACUAAAAGAAGGACCACCACGCCGCCGUGUGGGCCUACUCGUGUCUGCUGGCUCGCCGGCCCGCGAGGGCACUCGCGUGUUUGCCGAAGACGGUCAGACCGAGGUCGGCCGCGUAACAUCGGGCAUCCCGUCACCCACACUUGGCCGUAACAUCGCGAUGGCUCUAGUGAAGAACGGGUAUCACAAAAAGGAUACGCCGCUGCAAGUGGAAGUCCGCCACAAAAUGCGCGAGGCUAUCGUCACGCGUCUACCAUUUGUGCCGAGCAAAUUUUACCGAGGUUAA